UCUUCAAUUUUUUUAUUUAUUUGUUUUUGUCAAAUCAUUAUUUCCAAGAUAAGGUACGAAAUAUAUAUCCAAGAGUUUAUAUAAGUCCAUCUGGAUCUACAAUAUAAACCCAACUCCUUCCUCUUUAUAUAAAUCAAAGCUCUCAAUCGUUAAUUUCCUAUCUCUCUUAUUCAUUUGGGCAUAUUUGUAUAUUCAUCAAUUUUUGUUGUUUCUUCCAAAUUAUGGAGAAUUUUGUGAAGCUUGGUCUUUCAAUCUGUUUUUCAUGGAUGCUUCUGUCUUCUUCUUCUGUUAGCAUGGCUUUGGAUGAUUGUCAUUUUCCGGCGAUCUUCAACUUCGGAGACUCGAAUUCCGACACAGGUGGUCUUGCUGCUGCUUUUCCACAUGCUGUCUCACCGCCUUAUGGAGAAACCUUUUUUCAUGACACUGUUGGAAGAUAUUCUGAUGGCCGUGUUAUACUCGAUUUUAUAGCGAACAGUUUUGAUCUCCCAUUUCUGGGUGCAUACCUAGAUUCCCUGGGGAACAACUUCAAGCACGGUGCAAAUUUUGCCACAUCAGCAUCUACCAUUAGAUUGCCAAAAAUUGUUCUUCCAGAUAAUGGAGGAUAUAGUCCCUUUUUCUUGGACUUCCAAACAGGCCAUUUCCAAAUACUAAAAGCCACAUCAGAAACCCAAAAGCAUGGAGUAGGGACAGUAAAUUCUGAUUCUAUACCCGAUAUGAACUCUUACAGUAAAGCAUUGUACACGUUCGAUAUUGGGCAGAAUGAUCUUAGUCAGGGUUUGUGGGGUUUGAAUGGUAAUCUCACCAUUGACGAAGUUAAAAAUACAACUAUUCCUGAUAUGAUCGACGGUUUCGUAUAUAAUUUUAAGAAUAUAUACUAUUCAUCAGGAGGAAAAGCAUUUUGGAUACACAACACAGGCCCAAUAGGCUGUCUACCAUACUGUUUGAUCCGAUUCCCAUCGGCAGAAAAAGAUAAGGCCGGUUGUGCAAAGGAUUACAAUGAAGUAGCUCAGUACUACAACUCCAAAUUGAAAGAGGCUGUUGUUCAACUCAGAAACGAUCUUCCUUUGGCUGCAAUCACAUAUGUUGACGUAUAUUCUGCUAAAUACGCCUUGUUUGCAGAACCCGAGAAAUAUGGAUUGGAGAAGCCAUUGAUUGCAUGUUGUGGGUAUGGAGGAGACUACAAUUAUAACAUGGAUAGAGGGUGUGGAGGAAUGAUCGACGUGAAUGGAAGCCAAAUAUUAGUGGGUUCAUGCCAAAAACCCUGGCUUAGAGUGAAUUGGGAUGGGAUUCAUUACACUGAGGCUGCUAAUAAAGUGGUGUUUGACAAAAUUUCAAGUGGAGCUUAUUCCGAUCCACCUAUUCCUCUCAAACAUGCUUGCCAUAGAGUUUGAUUUCAUCAAAAUAAUUCAGUCAAUUUUUUAACUCUUUAUUCUUUGGUAGGAAAUUUGAUUGCAAUAAGAAUAUAAUAUUUAUAUGGUUAAUGAUGUAUUUAUGGCUGGCACUUUGUAACUUCUAUAUUGUUCUUUACGUUUGAUAUGUUGCUUGGUAGUUCAAGUUUUAUCCCAAGGCAAUACACAAUCAACCAUGCACAUUUUUGGUGUAGUGGCAUACAUAUUCUCUGUUUAUUACUGCAGUGAAAGGACUGUUUACUUAAUACACAAUCAACCCAGAAAUAAUUUUUAAUGGUUGUCUAA